AACCAUUUGCAGCAAACAAAACGCCAUUGAUAGGGUAAGCAAGCAGCUUCUGAGCUAACGGCCAUUAGCUGUACACCACCACCAGCAUUGCAUUUACAUACAUACAAUGUGUCACUGCUCCAAGGUGGCGCAGUGCCACCAGCCGCUGCUCCCGCCACCGGAGGCAUGCCCGGCUCUGCAUGACCGGCCGAGGUCAGCGCGCGGCGGCGGCGCGAUCGGCGAGGUGGCGUCGAUUGUGCGGCUCGCGAUGCCGAUGGUCGGAGCUGGCCUGCUCAUGUAUAUGCGUUCGAUGGUGUCCAUGCUCUUUCUUGGCCGGCUUGGCAGUCUGCCGCUCGCCGGCGGCUCCCUCGCGCUCGGCUUCGCUAAUAUCACGGGGUACUCGGUGCUGUCUGGGCUCGCCGCCGGCAUGGAUCCCGUCUGCGGCCAGGCGUUCGGCGCCGGGCGCACGUCUGUGCUGACGGCGGCGCUCCGGCGCACGGUCAUGCUGCUCCUCGCCGCGUCCGCGCCCAUCAGCGUGCUCUGGCUCGCCAUGCGCCGCGUCCUCGUCGCCACCGGCCAGGACCCCGACAUUGCCGCCUGCGCCUACGAGUUCAUCCUCUGCUCGCUCCCGGACCUCGCCGUGCAGUCCUUCCUCCACCCGCUCCGCGUGUACCUCCGCGCGCAGUCCAUCACGCUCCCGCUCACGUACGCCGCCGCCGCAGCGCUCGUGCUCCACGUCCCGGUCAACGUCCUCCUCGUGCAAAGCCUCGACCUUGGGAUCCGCGGCGUCGCGCUCGCCGCCGUCUGGACCAACCUCAACUUCUUGCUCUUCCUCGUGGCGUACGCCUACUUCUCCGGUCUGAUUCAUAGCGACGGCAAUGGCGAACCGGCCGCAUGCGUGGUGACGGCCGGCGAGGAGGGCGGCGCGACGACGAUGGAGUGGCGGUGCUUGGUGACGCUGUCCAUGCACAGCUGCAUGUCGGUGUGCUUGGAGUGGUGGUGGUACGAGAUCAUGGUGCUUCUCUGCGGCGUGCUCGCCGACCCGAAGGCGGCGGUGGCGGCGAUGGGGAUAAUGAUACAGACCACGUCUCUGGUGUACAUCUUCCCGCACUCCCUCAGCUGCGCCGUGUCGACGCGCGUCGGCCACGAGCUCGGCGCGGGGCGGCCGGAGCGCGCGCGCCUCGUGGCCCGCGUCGGGCUCGUCUGCGGCGCCGCGCUCGGCGUCGUGGCGUGCGCGUUCGCGGCGUCCCUGAGAGGCGUCUGGGCGCGGGUGUUCACCACCGACGCCGCCAUCCUGCGGCUGGCGUCGUCGGCGCUGCCCAUUCUCGGCGCGGCCGAGCUCGGCAACUGCCCGCAGACGGCCGGCUGCGGCGUGCUCCGCGGCAGCGCGCGGCCGGGGAAGGCGGCGAGGAUCAACGCCUCGGCCUUCUACGGCGUCGGCAUGCCGGCCGCGCUGGCGCUGGCGUUCUGGCCGGCGCGGCUCGACUUCCGGGGCAUGUGGGCCGGCAUGCUCGCUGCGCAGCUGGUGUGCGCGGCGCUGAUGCUGCUCGCCGUGCGGCGCACCGACUGGGACGAACAGGCCGUCCGCGCGCGCGAGCUCACCGGCGCCGUCGCCAUCGCCGCCGUUGUCGUUGGCGAUGGCGACGUCAUCAAAAGCGACCAUGCAGAGCCAGCCAAAGCAAACGCAGACAGUGGCUUCCUCGUGGUGACAGUGCUAAGUUGAUUGCACCACAUUAAUCAUUCAUGGAGUAUUCUUGACUCCUUAAAAUUCGUUUUACCUUUUGGUUUUCUUUUGAGCAUCCAUUGGAAUAUUUAGGUAUUGAAACCAUGGAUAUUUGGAUGAUGCAUCCUAUUAAUUAAUUUUUUUUCCUCUUCGAAUUAUGUACAUAGAGAGCUGAGAAAAUUUUCUGGCCAAGCUAAGAUUGUUGUGUACUGUGAGCUAUGAGCAGUGAGUUGCACAGAUCAGGAGCACAGUGAUGUGACUGUGUUCAGUGUUCAUCACACGUGGCGCCCUCACAGUAUUUUGGCCAAAUCUGGCUAGCUAGUACUAUUUUUGAGGCCAAAUUAACUAUUGUAUAUAGUGAUUAGGCCAUCUCAAUCUAAGUUUUGUA